AGCGGGUCCUGAAAGCGGCUCCGGGGCGGCGCGGUGGCGCACUGUGCGCGCCGAGCAGGCGGAGGGCUAGCGCCGGCGGCGGCGGCAGCAACGCAGGCAGUCAGAGCCGGCUGCGGCUCCGUCUCAGCCCCGGCAGCCCCGGCGGCCUUGGUGGCGGGAACCCUCUGCUCUCUCCUCUGUUCCUCACUCCACGCCUGGGGCAGGCGCGGCGGCCGUCCCGGAAGAGGCAGCGGAAAGACAGUGGAACCAGACCCACGAGGGAGGGCGGCGGGGCGCGAAGAGUUGGUAGGCACGAGGUAGACACCCUGGCGAGGAAGAGUCCUUCGCUGGUGUCCCCGUUCCUGGUCCCGGCGAUGGGCGAGCAGCGGGGGCCGCGGGAACUUUGAAGGCAGCGGGUUUCAGGGUUGGAGGGCUGCACGCUCCCGAGGACUUCGGAGUCGCGGCCCUAGCGUCAGGGGCGGAAGCAUCUCCAAACCCGCAAGAACCCCGCGCUGCCGUAGAGGAAGUUCUUUGCAACUUCGUAAGAGACGUCGGAGAGCCAGUUGGAGAGAGGCCGAGGGGAAAGUCUGAGCCCCAGAGACUCGGAGAAGCAGAGAAAGAAAGGAUCUGGCGGAGACCGAGGGGUCGAGGAAGGACCCCAGAGGCAUCGAGGCCGCGGAACCAGCCUGGCAGCCCCCGGGUCUCGCUGCCCCCUGAGUGAAGUCAAGGGCCGAGUGUUCCGGCGGCCUCUUCAGAGCUGCUCCUACCCGGGGCCGGGGGCUGCUGGCUGUCCCGGAGGCGGGCCGCUACGCUAUGCCCCCGAAGCCGCGGGCGCCUUGGCCGCAGCUACCCCGGGCUGGGCCCGGAGCCGCCGCUUGAGCCAGCCAGGGAGGGAAGCCAGCCGGAGUUGGGCACCCGCUCCCAGCCGGGCUGCGCUAGCACCGUUUCCCGCCUCUCCGCACAGCUCCCGGCGGUCUCCAGCAGGGAGGCUCUGAGAGAGACCUCGAAGCUCCAGCAGUGUUUUCUGAGCCCAGCUCGCACAGUGCCUGGCCUGGUGGCGCGGCUACCUAUCCGCCCUGGGCAGCCCCUUGGCGCCGGGAGGCGGCGGCGUGGGCCGGCCUGCAGUCUGGAGCGCCCCGAUGGAAAUACACUGUAAGCACGACCCGUUUGCAUCCAUGCAUAGACAUGGAGGAGUGAAUCAGCUUGGGGGGGUUUUUGUGAAUGGACGGCCACUCCCGGAUGUAGUCCGCCAGAGGAUAGUGGAACUUGCUCAUCAAGGUGUCAGGCCCUGCGACAUCUCCAGGCAGCUUCGGGUCAGCCAUGGUUGUGUCAGCAAAAUUCUUGGCAGGUAUUAUGAGACAGGAAGCAUCAAGCCUGGGGUAAUUGGAGGAUCCAAACCAAAGGUCGCCACACCCAAAGUGGUGGAAAAAAUCGCUGAGUAUAAACGCCAAAAUCCCACCAUGUUUGCCUGGGAGAUCAGGGACCGGCUGCUGGCGGAGCGGGUGUGUGACAAUGACACCGUGCCUAGCGUCAGUUCCAUCAACAGGAUCAUCCGGACAAAAGUACAGCAGCCACCCAAUCAACCAGUCCCAGCUUCCAGUCACAGCAUAGUGUCCACGGGCUCCGUGACGCAGGUGUCCUCGGUGAGCACGGAUUCCGCCGGCUCUUCGUACUCCAUCAGCGGCAUCCUGGGCAUCACGUCCCCCAGCGCCGACACCAACAAGCGCAAGAGAGACGAAGGUAUUCAGGAGUCUCCGGUGCCAAACGGCCACUCACUUCCAGGCAGAGAUUUCCUCCGGAAGCAGAUGCGGGGAGACUUGUUCACACAGCAGCAGCUGGAGGUGCUGGACCGCGUGUUUGAGAGGCAGCACUACUCAGACAUCUUCACCACCACAGAGCCCAUCAAGCCUGAACAGACCACAGAGUAUUCAGCCAUGGCCUCGCUGGCUGGUGGGCUGGACGACAUGAAGGCCAAUCUGGCCAGCCCCACGCCUGCUGACAUCGGGAGCAGUGUGCCAGGCCCGCAGUCCUACCCCAUUGUGACAGGUGAGGGCACCUGGGGCGUGGGGGAUGAGUGAGGGAGGAAGAGAGAGAGAGGAGUGUAUGGUGGGAAGAGUGGCUUCUUGGUGUGUUUGGAUGUGAUUGGCCAAUUUUGUUUUAACGAGGUUAUGAGGUCUGGGAACAGGUCAGAUGCUAGGGCCAGGGUUGCAGCUGUGAUGAGACAUCGCUGGAUAUGGUUCCAACAAAGCCGGGGAGAACAAAUGCCAAAUGGACUGUGGGCUGGAGGGGACUUGGGGUGGGAGGCAGGAAACCUCCUGCCAGAGGGGCCCCUGUGGGUGGGGCUGAGUGUUCAGAGGCCUAAGGUUUAUUGCUUUCAUGAGAAAGGCCACCCUGGUGGGCACCAGCCUCAAGGAGGAAUGGGAUUCUUUGCAGAUUGCUGUUGGUAGGCAGAAACUGAGUCAAGAACGGCAGGCGGCGUAGGCUGGAAGGUGCUUGGUGGAUGCAAAGCAGCCACCCUCUGGAAGUCCCAGGGCCAGACUGUUUAGCUGUCUUUGUAGAGAUUGGGAGUGUGGGUCCUGGAGGUGCACUGUGGUGUUUGAUCUUGCCAUUUACUAACUGUGCAGUCUUGGGUGAGCCAUGUAUACGUUCUGGGCUGUGAUUUUAAGCUGCACAGCGGGACUAGUGCUAGCACCUGUCCCGGGGGCUGUUGUGAGCAUUAAUGGGUUCGUAUGUGGAAGGUGCCUGGACUCUCAUCUGGUACACAGUAAGUACCCAAUACAUGCAGCUGUUAGGAUUCUUCUCAGAACCCUCUCCCUGUGGCAGCUCACCAUGGGGCUUGCUGGCUUGCUGCUGCAGAAGGGCUGGAUGCGCGGGCCAGGACGGGCAGACCCCUGGCCCAGCUGUGCUGGGAUAACGUGGAGCCGACUCCAUAUGGACAGACUCAGCUGCCAGCUCUUGGUUGUCCAACCGGGCAGGCAGGAGGCCCUCUUGGAUACUGCACAAAUAGACAAGGGGCUGGUGGGCCACACUUGGGCCAGAGCCAUGGGUCCAGUUUGAGAUAGCAGGAUGCCCAUGUGGACUGAUAGGUAGGGCACAGUGAAUAGUGACAGUGACAUGGGACUCGUAGACAUGCAGGUGAACUGUGGGUGCAUCAGGGAAGCUGGGUUAGACUCGGUCAGAACAGUGGAGGGUGUCACUUAGGCCAAAGCAGCAAGACAGGGAGGGCCCAGCGCCAAGACCUGGGCUGACGGGUCAGCACUGAGGCUCAGGCGGAAGAGCGGGGCCCUAUUUGCAGCUCUGAGCACCACGUGAGGGCCAGUCAGGUGGCAAGAGCAACUUUGUCCCCCAUCCACCUGAGGUGGGCCAAGAGCUUGGAGUGCACCCAGGUCUAAGGUGGGAGAUGUUAGUGACGGGCAGGGAGCCGGGGAGCCCCAGCUGGAGUGAGCCUUUGCUGACCCCACAGGUGUCCAAGGAGGUCCCCUCUCCUGGUGUCACAAGAAUCCAUGACAAGACCUCUGAAGGCACUCCCAUUUCACAGAUGCAGAAACCAAGUCUCAGGGAGGGGCAGUGGCUUGCCCAACAUAAGGGGUAAGGGGAAGUUAGAGCUGGCCCUCUGGCUCCUAGAUCCUGAGCCCUUUUUCCUUUUUUUCAAGGAACUACAAGUAAUUAUAGAGGUGGGCAUGGCAGAGUGCAAAGAAGCCUGGAUUAGUGAACAAUAAUAGCAAUUGGCACUUCACUGCGCGCUUAUGGAGAAGCAGGCAUUGUGCUAAGUGAACUCACUUUACCUUCAGAGGAACCCUGGGAGGUGGGACCAUUAUGAUCAUGUCCAUUUCACAAAUAGAGAAACUGAGGCUUGGGGCAGUUGAGUGGCUUGUUGAGAUCACGGCUGGUGAGCAGUGGAGUUGCAGUUGAAUGCCAGGGCCUAUGCUGCUGGCCACGCUGCCACGCAGAUCAGCUGGGGCUCAUCCAGCGUGGUCACCGCCUUGCUGUCUAACUCUGGACACAUCUCUGAGCCUCCGUUUCUCCACCUGUAAAAGGGUCCUGGUCUCUCAGUGUCCAGGUAAGGAUCAAAUGAGAUCCAAGAGGAGACUGUUCUGCAGAAAGGAGGGUUUGUUACUGGGAUUCCAGUUUAUAGAAGAUUGGGUAGGUGGAUCA